AUGGACAAACAAACAUUACUAGCUGCUCUUACAGGCACAUUAGCUUCUGAUCAACAAAUCAGGAAGCACAGUGAACAGCAAUUACAUGCAUUUGAGCAACAACCAGGUUUUACAGCAUAUUUAUUAGAUUUAAUUGCCGAUGCAACAGAAAAUCAACCAGGAGUGAAAAUAGCUGCUGCUAUCUUUUUCAAAAACAGAGUUGUCAAUUAUUGGAUUGUUCCUGAAAAUAAACAACAAACUGCAUUCUACCUUUCAGAGACUGAAAAAUCCACCAUAAAAGAAAAGUUGGUGUCAACUUUAUUUGCAACUUAUAAAAUCCAACAAAUCAGAUUGCAACUAUCUACUGCAUUAAACACUAUUUUGAGUUUUGAUAAAUGGGAUGAGCUAACCAAUAUUAUCCAGAAGCUAUUGUCUGAUGAAAGCAACAUUGAUCAUGUCUUUACAGGAUUGAUUUGCCUUUUUGAGUACACCAAGAAUUAUAGAUGGGCUGGUUUCGAACUGAACAAUUUUAUCAAUCCUAUAUUGGAGGAAAUCGCUCAGAAGUUGUUUCCACAAUUGGAAAAUUUGGCCAAUAAGUUGAUUGAAAGCGACAACAAGGUUGCCGAUGAAAUACUCUACUUGAUUAUCAAGAUUUUCAAAUUCACUACAUACUCAUCUUUGCCAACAUACUUCCAGGACUCCAACAACUUGGGGAAGUGGUGCCAAAUUCAUGUGUUGAUAAUAAGCAAACCGUUGCCCAAGGAGGUCUUAGAUGAAGAUCAUAUCGAAACCAGAAAUUCCAAUCCAAGAGUGAAAACCGUUAAAUGGUGUUUUGCUAAUAUGAAUAGACUUUUAAGCAGACACGGAGGCGGGUAUUUGACCAAGUCCAAAGAAACAAAUCAAUUUGCACAAAUGUUCAUUUCUAACUUUGUUCCGGAAUUGUUGAACGCAUAUUGGAAAAUCAUAGAAUCAUGGUCAAAUAAAACAGUUUGGCUCAGUGAGAUUUCCUUAUACCAUAUGAUAUCGUUUUUAGAGCAAAUUAUCGAGACCCCAGCUUGGUCUUUGAUCAACGAUAAAUUGGAUGCAAUUAUUAGACAUGUAAUUUUGCCUACUUUAGUGGCAACGCCUGAGACUGUGGAAUUGUACGAAGACGAUACCGAUGAAUACAUUAGACGUUUCUUUGACAUCAACCGUGAACAGAGUACUUCAGAUGUUGCGUCGAUAAAUUUUAUUUAUCGCUUGUCGAACAAAAAGUUUAAACUGACAAUAGGAAUGAUCUGUCAACUUAUUAAUGAGAUUUUCACUGAAAGAAGAAACAAUUUAGACUCUUCCGAUACAGCAAUGAAAGUAGAAGGCGGUUUAAGAAUUUUGUCGACGAUUUCUUACAAAUUAGAUUCUAAGUUUUCUCCAGUCACUGGGCAAGUUGACAAUUUACUUUUCACGUUUGUAUAUCCGGAGUUACUGCAAGAUUGUGCUUCAAAGACUCCAUGGUUGACUGCUAGAGCAUGUGAUACAAUUGCUAUGUUUCAUGACCAUCAGUACACUGAUAUGAAGAUUUUGCAAGAUAUUUUUCAAAGUGUUGUUACAUGCUUUUCCAACGAUGCCCAGUUCCCAAUACAAUUAACUGCUGCGGAUGCGUUAUCUACAUUGGUUAAAGAAGAUUCUGUUUCCCAAUUAGUUGCUGAUCAAGCACCACAGUUAAUGGGAGUACUUUUAGAAAAAUCAAAGCAAUAUGAAAGUGACAUAUUAACCAAUGUGAUGGACAUCUUUGUGGAAAAGUUUGCCAAGAAUUUGGAACCGUACGCAGUCGAAUUGGGGUCCAAAUUAGUUGAACAAUUCAUCAAAAUCGCAAGUGAGAUUUUGGAAACAAACGGUUCUGGACAUACAGACAAAGAAAUCCAAGCUGCUGGUAUUUUGAACACAUUAACAACUUUGGUUAUAUCGAUGUCAAAUGCUCCCAACGUAGCCUUACAAUUGGAAUCAGUUUUGAAGGAUUUGAUUAACUUUAUAUUUGAAAAUGCUAUGAUCGUGUUUUUAACAGAAGUAAUCGAAAUCUUAGAAUCGAUUUUAUUUGUUAGAUCAGAAGUUUCACCAGUUAUCUGGAAUAUUUUUAAGGUUGCCAUUGAGUCUUUUGAGACUUAUGCGUACGAAUAUUUUGAUUCAUUCCAACCAUUUUUCGAGAGUAUUAUCAACAAAGGAUUUGGUCAACCUGAUAUCACCAUAGCAGACGAACGUGUUCAAGUAUUAAUGAACAUAUGUUUCAAUAUAUUGAAGGACGAAGAUGCGGACCCAGUUUUUGCACAUCUGGCUUUCGAAGAUAUCGAAUUGACAAUUUUGGCUCUCAAUCAAAGAUUUGCAAGCUUCUUACCACAGUUUUUACCAGAAAUAUUUGAUAUUUUCACUAAAUUAGAGAGCCAGGAUGCCUUUGACGGUUACAUGCUACAUCAUUUAUCCAUUUUGAAAAUAUUGUUUGCUUGUAUAUAUGUUGAUCCUGCUGUUACCAUUCAGUUUAUUUUGUCAAAAGGAUUUUUAGUAGACUUUUACAAGUUGUGGAUAAAAUACAGCUCCGACUUUCAAAGCGUGUACGGAUGCAAAUUGCAAAUUUUAGCAAGCAUGUCUAUCUUGAAGAAUGACAAUGCUGUUAGUUCAAUACCAGAAGACUUGAUAGGGGAGACUGUUGAUUUAUUAUUGUCGAACAUUGCUACUUUGCCGAAUGCCAUCAAAGCCAAAAAUGCCAUCUUAUCCAGCGAAACUAGUCAAAAGACACAGCAAAAGAACACAGAGGACAACGGUGAGGAUGAUGGGGAAGAAUUUGCUGAUUUUGAAGACGACUUUGAAGUUGAUGAAGCUGAAUUGGAAGCAAUGAAGGAAACCCCAAUUGACGUGCUUAACGCAUUUGAAUACUUUGUGCAAAACUUUUUAUCACUUCAACAGCAACAAAACAAAUACGAAGUGUUAUUUGGAGGAAUUGAUUCAAAUAAGAAAGAGAUGAUCCAAGAGUUGAUUAGAAUUACUCAACAAACAAGAUGA